UCCGCCGAGCCCGGCUUGAGGACUGCGCUGCGCAGCGCCCACUCUGCGCCUGUCUUUGCCGGCGACGCUCUGCCGGCUCUCGUUAGCAAUAAAGCGACAUCGGGCUUGUGCGCUCAUUGUUGGCUUAUUCAACUUGGAAUUGAAGUUGUCAAAGAUGAGUGGGUGAUUUACAGGGAGCGACUAGUCAACAUGGCGACAAGUUGGGCACCUGCAUCACUUUGUGGAAAUUUUAAACAGUCACAGUAAUAAAGAGCCAGACACCGCGACCGGUUCGUGCUGAAUGCAAUGCUGUAAACGUACGACUUUCGCAGCUGUGAGCAAAUCAAGUACAGAAGACUCAGGAUGAAAAGAUGGCACCGCUGUUGUUACCAGCAGGUCCUGACAGCUUGCACCGGUUCACUCGUGAAUCUCUCACUGCUAUUGAGAACCGGAUUGCUGAGGAGCAGGCCAGGAAUGCCAAGCAGGAGUAUCGAGAGGACACGGGAGCUGAGGAAGAGGUGCCACAACCACGAGCUGACUUGGAGGCUGGAAAACAGCUGCCACGUAUCUUUGGGGAUAUUCCCUCCGACAUUGUUGGUGUGCCUCUGGACGAUAUUGAUCCCUUUUAUUUUAACAAUAAGAAAACUUUCAUAGUACUGAACAAAGGAAAAGCCAUCUUCCGAUUUAGUGCCACAUCUGCACUGUAUAUAUUUAGUCCUUUCCAUCCUAUUAGAAGAGCAGCAAUUAGAAUUUUAGUUCACUCAUUAUUCAGUCUUUUUAUAAUGUGCACUAUUUUGACCAACUGUGUGUUCAUGGCUAUGACCGAUCCGGAACCUUGGGCCAAGUAUGUAGAGUACACUUUCACUGGCAUAUAUACUUUUGAAUCUCUGAUAAAAAUUCUGGCAAGAGGAUUCUGCAUUGGGCCAUUCACAUUUCUGAGAGAUCCAUGGAAUUGGUUGGAUUUCAGUGUUAUUGUCAUGGCAUAUGUUACUGAGUUUGUCGACUUGGGCAAUGUGUCAGCGUUAAGAACGUUCCGAGUACUCCGAGCACUGAAAACUAUCUCUGUCAUUCCAGGCUUGAAAACCAUUGUAGGUGCACUGAUUCAGUCAGUAAGAAAACUAGCGGAUGUGAUGAUUCUGACUGUUUUCUGCCUGAGUGUUUUCGCCCUCAUUGGCCUUCAGCUUUUCAUGGGUAACCUCAGACAAAAAUGUGUCAAGGACUUUGAAAAAUUAAAUGACACCCUUUCAGGCACAUUUUACUGGAAUGAUGAUAACUGGACUUCCUAUGAAGCAUUCAUCUCUGAUUCAGCUAACUUUUAUAAGGAAGAGGAAGCCAAAGACCCCCUGCUAUGUGGAAAUGGAAGCGACGCUGGAAAAUGCCCUGAUGGUUAUACAUGCAUAAAAACAGGAAAAAAUCCAAAUUAUGGUUAUACCAGCUUUGACACCUUUGGGUGGGCCUUUCUUGCCUUGUUCCGUCUGAUGACUCAGGACUAUUGGGAGAACCUUUACCAGCAGACUCUCAGAACUGCGGGAAAGACGUAUAUGAUCUUCUUCGUGUUGGUCAUUUUUCUGGGCUCUUUCUACCUUGUGAAUUUGAUCCUAGCUGUGGUUGCCAUGGCAUAUGAAGAACAGAACCAAGCUACCAUUGCAGAGGCCUGGCAGAAGGAGAGAGAAUUCCAACUAGCAAUGGAGCAGUUAAAGCGGGAGCAGCAGGCAGUUGUUAAUAAAAUAGAGACAGACUCAGUUCUGUCUCCAGAAAUGUCACCUUUGGCCUUAAAAGACGCCAAAGAGAGGAAAAACAGAAAAAAAAGACAGAAGACUCUCUCUGAAGAGACAGAAGAAGAUGGUGAUGAGGAGAAAAUGCCUAAAAUGGAUUCCACUGAUUUGCCAAAGGUUUUUCCUCGCUUAAGUCAGACAAUCUUGUCCAGCCAUCGGGGAAGUCCUGGAAGCAGAGACCAGGAUGCUGAAUUUGCAGAUGAUGAAUACAGUGCAGCAGGGGACAAUGAGAGUCGCAGAGGUUCUCUGUUUAUACCAUGGCACAAGCGACGAAGUAGUUCCCUUAGUAUAGCAAGCCACAGCUCCCAGACUAAUACCCUAAGCCUGAACAUUAAUGGAAAAUUGAAUGCCACAAUGAACCGUAAUGGAGUGGUCUCCUUAGGACCCCCUUCUUCUUUAAACUUGCCUGCGGUAGUGGUGGAAAGACCUAUAACUGAAGAUAAUGCAAUUAAUUCAGACAGCGAAGCAAGCAAGGGACUGAUCGCCCACCGGCUAUCUGUUGAUUAUCUGGAUGAACCAUUCCAAAGAGAAAGGGCUUUGAGUGCAGCCAGCGUUCUGACUAAUGCAAUGGAAGAAUUGGAAGAGUCACGUCAGAAAUGCCAUCCCUGCUGGUACCGUUUUGCAAAUAAGUAUCUAAUUUGGGAUUGCUGCCCUCUCUGGCUGAAAAUAAAGGAAUGGGUGAAAUUUGUGGUGAUGGACCCAUUUUUGGACCUUGCAAUCACUAUCUGCAUUGUACUAAAUACUCUGUUCAUGGCCCUUGAACAUUACCCAAUGACUGAUGAGUUUACCAAAAUGCUGUCUGUAGGAAACCAGGUAUUUACUGGUAUCUUCACUGCAGAGAUGGUUUUCAAGAUCAUUGCCCUGGAUCCAUAUUACUACUUUCAGCAGGGGUGGAAUAUAUUUGACAGCAUUAUUGUCAGCCUGAGUUUAAUGGAGCUUGGACUUGCCAAUGUGGAAGGGUUAUCAGUUCUGCGAUCCUUUAGACUGCUUAGGGUUUUCAAAUUGGCUAAGUCAUGGCCCACUCUAAACACACUUAUCAAAAUCAUCGGGAAUUCAGUUGGUGCUCUGGGUAACUUAACUCUUGUCUUGGCAAUUAUCGUUUUCAUCUUUGCUGUGGUUGGAAUGCAGCUCUUUGGGAAAAGCUACACUGACUGUGUUUGCAAGAUCAGCAAGGAUUGUAAACUCCCAAGAUGGCAUAUGAAAGACUUCUUCCAUUCCUUUUUAAUUGUUUUCCGUGUACUUUGUGGAGAGUGGAUUGAAACCAUGUGGGAUUGUAUGGAAGUGGCAGGUCAGCCCCUUUGUAUCCUUGUCUUCAUGCUGGUCAUGGUGAUAGGAAACCUAGUGGUACUGAACCUCUUCCUUGCCUUGCUGUUGAGCUCAUUCAGUGCUGACAACUUGUCUGCUCCUGAUGAAGAUGGUGAAAUGAACAACUUACAGAUUGCAAUUGCUCGCAUCCAGCGUGGUAUGUCCUGGCUGAAGAAUGCUAUUUUUGACUUUUUCCGUGGGGAUUUUAAGAAGAGACGGAGAAAAGCCAAAGAGGCCAAAAUGAUGACUAGCCUUAGCUGCAUGAAGAAUCACUCAAAUGAAACUGUAAAGGAUUGGCGAGAGGGAAACGGCCUGACAAGAAGCAUUGACCUCAAUGGUGAUAAGUAUGUGCUUCCUGACUCUGAUGGCUUCAUGACCAACCCUAACCUGUCUGUUAAAGUCCCCAUUGCAACAGGAGAAUCUGAUGUAGAAUUUCAUGAUGAUGAACAAAGUACAUGCACCGAGAUGGAAGUCAGCAAGGAGAAACUGGAUGAAUCGAGUUGCUCUGAAGGAAGCACAGUGGAUCUGAGGAAACCAGGAGAGGAAGAGGAUGAAUACUCAGAAAUGGCUGAGGAAGCUCUUGACCCAGAGGACUGCUUUCCUGAAACAUGCGUGCGUCGUUUUCCAUGCUGUGAAAUUAACACCACACAGGGAGUCGGCAGAGCCUGGUGGAGGCUAAGGAAAACCUGCUACCGAAUUGUUGAGCACAGCUGGUUCGAAACAUUCAUCAUCUUUAUGAUUCUUCUGAGCAGUGGUGCCCUGGCAUUCGAGGACAUCUACAUCGAGCAAAGGAAGUUUAUUAAAAUGGUCUUGGAAUAUGCUGAUAAGGUCUUCACCUAUGUGUUUGUUCUUGAAAUGAUACUGAAAUGGAUAGCAUAUGGCUUUAAGAAGUAUUUCACCAAUGCUUGGUGCUGGCUUGAUUUCCUAAUUGUAGAUGUCUCUUUAAUAAGCCUUGUAGCUAACGCCCUGCAAUAUCAGGACUUCUCUGCAAUAAAAUAUCUUAGGACCCUCCGAGCUUUGAGACCAUUAAGAGCCUUGUCACGCUUUGAAGGCAUGCGGGUGGUAGUGAAUGCCCUUAUUGGUGCCAUCCCUUCCAUCAUGAAUGUGUUGCUCGUCUGUCUGAUUUUCUGGUUGAUUUUUAGUAUAAUGGGGGUGAACCUUUUCGCUGGAAAAUUUGGAAGAUGUGUCAACAAAACAACAGGAAUUCCAUACAAUGAGACACACAUAAACAACAAAUCCAUGUGUGACAGUAUGAAUAGCACAUUCUAUUACUGGACCAAAGUAAAAGUCAAUUUCGACAACGUUGGAGCUGGUUACCUUGCCCUUCUCCAGGUGGCGACAUUCAAAGGGUGGAUGGAAAUAAUGUAUGCUGCUGUGGAUUCACGAAAUGUGGAGGACCAGCCAAUUGUAGAACAUAAUCUUUAUAUGUACCUUUAUUUUGUAAUCUUCAUCAUUUUUGGAUCAUUCUUCACCCUCAAUCUCUUCAUUGGUGUAAUUAUUGAUAACUUCAACCAGCAAAAGAGAAAGUUAGGGGGACAAGACAUUUUCAUGACAGAAGAACAAAAAAAAUACUACAAUGCCAUGAAGAAGCUUGGCUCUAAGAAACCCCAGAAGCCAAUACCACGACCACCAAACGAAUUUCAAGGCUUCUUUUUCGAUGUUGUGACAAAACAAGUAUUUGACAUCAUCAUUAUGAUCCUUAUUUGCUUGAACAUGGUCACUAUGAUGGUAGAAACAGAUGAGCAAACUGAGAAAAUGAACCAAAUUCUCUAUUAUAUCAACCUGGCUUUCAUUGUAAUCUUUACUGGAGAGUGCUGCAUAAAGAUCAUUGCUCUUCGAUGUUACUUCUUUACAAUUGGUUGGAAUAUCUUCGAUUUUGUGGUGGUCAUCCUCUCCAUUGUUGGAAUUGUGCUUGCAGACAUAAUAGAAAAUUAUUUUGUGUCUCCAACUUUAUUCCGUGUGAUACGACUUGCACGCAUUGGACGUGUUCUCCGACUUAUACGUGGAGCCAAAGGAAUUAGGACUUUACUCUUUGCCUUAAUGAUGUCUCUUCCUGCCUUGUUCAACAUUGGUCUUCUGCUUUUCCUUGUCAUGUUUAUUUACGCCAUCUUUGGCAUGUCUAAUUUCAUGUAUGUGAAGAAGCAGAAUGGAAUUGAUGACAUGUUCAACUUUGAAACUUUUGGCAACAGCAUGAUCUGCCUUUUCCAAAUCACUACAUCUGCAGGGUGGGAUGGACUCCUCAGCCCAAUCCUCAACACCCCUCCUGACUGUGACCCAAAUGUAAUCCAUGCUGGAAUUUCAGUUAAGGGGGAUUGUGCAAACCCAUCAGUAGGCAUCUUCUUCUUUGUUAGCUAUAUUAUUAUAUCAUUUCUAAUUGUUGUAAAUAUGUACAUAGCUAUCAUUUUGGAGAAUUUCAGCGUGGCUACAGAGGAAAGCACAGAGCCACUUAGCGAGGAUGACUUUGACAUGUUCUACAAAGUCUGGGAGAAGUUUGAUCCCGAGGCUACUCAGUUCAUUGAAUAUUGUGUGCUAUCUGAUUUUGCAGAUGCCCUUGAAGAACCUCUGCGAAUUCCUAAGCCCAAUAAAAUCAAGCUUAUUACUAUGGACCUCCCAAUGGUCAGUGGGGACAAAAUUCACUGCUUAGAUAUCUUGUUUGCUUUCACCAAACGAGUUCUUGGAGAAUCUGGUGAAAUGGAUGCACUUAAACAGCAAAUGGAGGAAAAGUUCAUGCUGGCCAACCCUUCAAAGAUCUCCUAUGAGCCCAUCACAACUACUCUCCGGCGGAAGCAGGAAGAGGUGUCGGCGGUAGUAAUUCAGAGAGCUUACAGAAGGCACCUUCUCCGGCGCUCUAUGAAACAGGCAUCUUUCUUGUUUCGCCACAGAACUAGUGAAGGGAACAUUUUUAUGGAGGGUGCACCUGAAAAGGAGGGACUCAUAGCCUCCAUGAUGCAUGAAAACUAUGGUUCUAGGGUGGAAACAGCAGAGACAAUAUCGUCCACCUCUUCACCUCCAUCUUAUGACAGCGUCACCAGGGCCAUAAGUGAUUCACAGCAGAUAAACAGCGAAUCUAGAAGCACUGGUAUCAUUGAAUUCUGUACAAACAACUACAGAGACAAGGAGUCAUUUCUGUGACACUGGUUAUGAAAUGCUUUAAAUGUUGUUUACCGAAUGUAACAUAAUUCAAACAACAUUGUCUUUUUUGUACACUUAGUUGCAAAACAAACCACAAGUUUUCAUUUA